UUUUGUUUUUUGAUUUUUUUCCCCUCUCCAGGGUACAAUGUCUCUUUGCUAUAUGACCUUGAAAAUCUGCCGGCAUCCAAGGAUUCCAUUGUGCAUCAGGCUGGCAUGUUGAAACGAAAUUGUUUUGCCUCUGUCUUUGAGAAAUAUUUCCAAUUCCAAGAAGAGGGCAAGGAAGGCGAGAACAGGGCAGUUAUCCAUUAUAGGGAUGAUGAGACCAUGUACGUUGAAUCUAAAAAGGACAGAGUCACAGUAGUCUUCAGCACAGUGUUCAAGGAUGAUGACGAUGUGGUCAUUGGAAAAGUGUUCAUGCAGGAGUUCAAAGAAGGCCGCAGAGCCAGCCACACAGCCCCACAGGUCCUCUUUAGCCACAGGGAACCUCCUCUGGAGCUGAAAGACACCGAUGCUGCCGUGGGCGACAACAUUGGCUACAUUACCUUCGCCUUGAUGUUACACCCUGAUGUCUUGUUUGUGUCCCUGCCGGCAGUGCUGUUCCCUCGCCACACCAAUGCCAGCGCUCGAGACAACACCAUCAACCUGAUCCACACUUUCCGGGACUAUCUGCACUACCACAUCAAGUGCUCUAAGGCCUAUAUUCACACACGUAUGCGGGCAAAAACAUCUGACUUCCUCAAGGUGCUGAACCGUGCACGUCCAGAUGCAGAGAAAAAAGAAAUGAAAACAAUCACGGGGAAGACGUUCUCAUCCCGCUAACUCUCGGGAACAGGAAGAGGAGGCGGCUGGCAGCUGAAGGCUGGAACGCUUGCUACUGGAUAAUCGUAGCUUUUCAUGUUGCACCUCUUCAGGUUCUUAAGGGAUUCUCCAUUUUGGUUCCAUUUUGUACACGUUUGGAAAAUAAUCUGCAGAAACGAGCUGUGCUUGCAAGGACUUCAUAGUUCUCAAGAAUUAAAAAAAAAAAAAAAUUCCACUUGAUCAACUUAAUUCCUUUUCUUUACCUUCCCUCCCUCACUCCCUUGCCUUCCUCCCUCUUUUCCAAGCUGUUGCGCUUUGCAAUAUGUUACUGGUAAUGAGUUGCAGGAUAAUGCAAUCUUAACUUGUUUUCUCCUAAGUAUUUGAGUUCAAAACUCCUGUAUCUAAAGAAAUACGGUUGGGGUCAUUAAUAAAGAAAAUCUUUCUAUCUUA